AAAAAUCGGCACAUCCUGUAAUAAAAAAGCCGAAGCAGUACCUACAUUAAAUGCGUGAAAGUCGGCGGUGAAGUCUCCACAGCGGAUUUGCUAUCAGUUACAUGAACAAUCUUUAGUUGUGGCUUUCUAUGUUUAUUCUAGUUUGAGUUCGAGAUGCGUGCGUUUUGAGUGCAACCUAGUUUGAUUUAUCCACAGAUUUGAGCAUGCAGAACGGGGGUGGUACUGCGAAAGCAAAGGUCUCCGCCAAAAGCCACUCAGCCGACGUCGAGUGCGGAAAGUCGGUCGAAGUAUACGGCGGCAGUGAAGGCACCAACGCAAUCCGAAGAACGAGGUUUUCGAAAACUCGGCCACUUCGCGUGUUGAUCAGGCAGUUGCUGAUCGCGGCGAUGAUUUUCGCGGUGCUGGUGGCCCUGGGGGCCGUCGUCGGCUACUUCCUGGGGUGGAUUUUCCUGGUUCAAUUGAUGAUCGUCGCCCUAGUGGCCUACAUAGCCGCUGGUAAAUGGAAGUGGUGGUAUGUGGCCGCGAUGACCGCUCCGAGGGACUUGAGGGCUCUGUGUAAAUACAUCGGCCUGUUAAUUCAAAUCAAAUAUUUCCAGAGGAAAAAUCUAACGUUAUCGCAAAUUUUCCAACAGCAUGUCAAGAAACACCCGAAUAAACAUUGCAUAUUAUUCGAAGAUCAAGAAUGGACGUUUGCUCAGGUUGAAGAAUACAGCAAUAAAAUAGCGAAUAUAUUCAAAAGCCACGGAUAUAAAAAAGGUGAUAAAGUGGCAUUAUUUUUAGAAAACAAGCCGGAAUUUGUUGCAACAUGGUUGGGCCUUUCUAAAUUAGGCGUCAUCGUGCCGCUAAUAAAUACAAAUCUAAGACUGACUAGUCUUGUACAUUCUAUUACAGUCGCUAAAACUCAGGCUGUGAUUUUUGGCACUGAAUUGUCCCAAGCUAUGAAUGAAAUACUAGAUAAAAUAGAAUCAGAAGUUGCCUUAUAUCAAAUUAGUUGCAAUAAUAACAAUACACCGAUAGUUGAUCAAAAGUACCACAAUUUGGAUGCUUUGCUAAAAGAUGCCGCUUCUACGCCGCCCCAAAUAAAGGAUAAAAUUAAUCACCACGAUUGCUUGGUGUACAUUUACACGUCAGGAACCACGGGAUUGCCCAAGGCAGCUGUUAUUAGCAAUUCCAGGUACAUUUUUAUAGCGGCCGCUAUCAGUUGGUUGAGCGGCUUUAGGUCAGAUGAUAUAUUUUACACUCCGCUUCCCUUGUACCACACAGCAGGGGGCUGCAUGACCAUAGGUCAAAUGCUCCUUUACGGCUCCACUAUUGUCAUUAGAAAGAAAUUUUCCGCGUCCGGAUUCUUCUCUGAUUGUAGAAAGUACAAGUGCACCGUUGCUCAGUACAUAGGCGAGAUGUGUAGGUACAUUUUAGCAGUACCUCCUAACGAUAAAGAUCCUGUUCAUAAUUUACGCAUGAUUUUUGGUAAUGGUUUGCGUCCCCAAAUCUGGACGGAAUUCACCAAGAGAUUCGCUAUUGAGUCAGUUAGGGAAUUUUACGGCGCCACCGAAGGAAACGCCAAUAUAGUAAAUAUAGAUAAUACGGUCGGAGCCAUCGGGUUCAUAUCGAGAAUCAUUCCAUCCGUCUAUCCGAUUUCGAUCAUAAAAGUGGACCCGAACACCGGCGAGCCGGUGAGAGACGCCAAAGGGCUGUGCCAGACCUGCAAGCCGAACGAGCCGGGCGUGUUCAUUGGGAAAAUUAUACCCAACAACCCGUCGAGGGCUUUCUUGGGGUACGUGGAUAAAGAGGCUUCGAAGAAGAAGAUCGUUUACGACGUGUUCCAUCACGGAGACAGCGCGUUCCUGUCGGGUGAUAUCUUAGUUGCGGAUGAAUUCGGUUAUUUGUUCUUCAAGGAUCGUACGGGAGAUACAUUCAGAUGGAAGGGAGAAAACGUUUCGACAGCGGAAGUGGAAGCCGUGAUGAGUAAUUUAGUAGAUUAUAAGGACGUGGUGGUUUUCGGUGUGGAAAUUAGGGGGCAGGAAGGUCGCGCUGGAAUGGCGGCGAUAUUGGACCCCGAAGAAAAAGUAGAUUUAAAUGUGUUAGCGAAUGGAUUGAGGAAAACGCUGCCCUCGUACGCAAGGCCGAUUUUUAUACGGAUAUUAAGCAAAAUCGAUUUAACAGGAACGUAUAAAUUGAAGAAAACCGACCUUCAACAAGAUGGGUUCGAUCCGUCGAAAGUUAGUGAUAACAUUUAUUACUUAGAUAGUUCUCGUGGAAGUUACGAGAAGGUCACUAAGGAGAUUUACACGGAAAUAAAUAAUGGAAAUUUAAGGGUUUAGAAAGUAUUUAGGGCUUGCAUUUCGCUUUUUAAAAGGGUGUAUUUAACGUACACUUAUGUUAGUGGUCAUUGCUAAACUCUAUUUGUGAUAUUAUUCGUAAGCAAAUUUUAAUCUAAUUCUUCGAGAAAAAAGGUACUUUUUACUAACAAAAUUGGGUCAUUUUUUAUUUCUAGAGCACGUCAGACAAUAAAAAGUAUAUAUUUCCGUACAAAAAUUGUGUGUGGGAUUCUAAUAGAGCACGUACGAUCAUUUCAAUUAAUUUAAUUUUGCGUUUAUAAAAAUAUGAAAUUUUAGAGUAAUGGCCAAAACUUAAAUUUAGGAUUUAGGUAUAAAUACGUAAUGCAAAAAAGAUUCAGCAAUAAAUUAGUUUAGUACAAUUUUGCAAUAUUUAUAUAGCAAUUAUUACAUAUUUUUUAAAAAAAUAUGUAGUGUCCUAUUCGAUUUGUUAUAAUUUUAUUUUACUUAUGUUUUAAUAUUAGGUUUAGAGAAGUUGAUUGCUUUUUGGGAUAGAUCUGAUUUUUUUCCAUUUUUUACUUCAUUUUUAGCAUUUAUUUUAUCAUAUUUUUAUUAAUUGUCGAGAACUUUAUUUUUGUCCACUCUGUACAAACCAAAUUUGAUUUUUAAAAUUUUUAAUCGAUUUUAUAGAAACCCGAAAACUUAUGCAUAAGUGUAAAUAAAUACAUCUUUACUGACUGAACAAAAGUAGUCGUAAGGGAAUAGUUUGCCUACUUAAAAAAAACUAAAAUGACAAG